AUGUCUGCUGGAAUUAAUAAAAUGCUUAUUCUUGAUGAAAAAUGCAAGCAUGCAGCAAUAUCAGGUUCGACAAAACAAGAAAUUUGUCAAAAGCUUUCUGCAUAUAACCCUCCUAAACAAAAAGAUCUAGUGCUUUUAUAUAAUAUUUCUGAGCAAGCUGUAUCUGAUAUUUGUAAAAGUGGCAAAAAUAUUCUUCUUAUCAUUGAUGAUGCACCAUCUUCAAAUAUUGAAUAUGAACAAAUUUAUGAAUUGAAUGAAUUAAUUACAAAACUCCCAAUUAAUAACCCUCUUAAUGCUAAUGAAUAUUUAUAUUUGGAUGAUAUUCUACUAAUCAAAGAGAUACCAGAUGAUAUGAUUUUAAUUGAACAAUUUCAUCAUAAACAUGAAAAUACACAAUCAGACGAUGAUGAUAAUGAUGCUUGUUUAACAGAACCUUCACAUAAGAUUUCUUUACAAGAAGGAAGUCAUAUUGCAAAAGAAUUAGUAGAAUUUUUAUUACAGCAACAUAGUGAAUUUGGAAUUUCAUCUGAAGAAUUAGGUGUAGUAAGAUGU